AUGCCUCUAACAUACGUGCUCCCCGGUUACCAGGCUAAUCCAGCCUGGAUCAACAACGAGCUCUGUGGUGACUCGAGCCACAACGUCAUCCCAGAGGAGGCCCAGGCCUUCAUCCGCCGUGGCUGUUGCUUGCCACAGAAGAGCGUCGGUCGCUACGUCAACGGAACUUUCAUCCGCACCUUCCAGCACCGCAGUGGCGUGCCACAGCAGAAGGUUGACGAGGACAUGCUCGCCAAGGAGGAUGCGAAGGUCGCCGAGAAUGGAACCGCAAAGGAAGAAGCCGAGAAGGAGAACGUUGCAGAGGGAUUCACUAGUCAGGCUAUUACCAAGGACGAUGCCUUCAAGCAGACCGCCUUCGAGCAGACCGCCACCAAUGCAGAAGCUAGCAAGGAGAUGAUCCAGAAGGAGAUCGCGAUGGAUGAUCGCCUCGAGCACACCGCUGCUGAGCGUGAUGACCUCGAGGACAAUGCCGAGAAGCAGGCCGAUGAGGUGGUCGCCACCCGUAACGAGCGUGCCGGUGUCAAGAAGGACGAAGAUGACCGCAUGGCAAUGUGCAAGGACGAGUGUAAGGACGGCGGAGAGAGCGACGAAGAGGACGACUUCGAGAUCGUUGAGGGUGGAGGGCAAUCCGAGCAGGACGUGCACAACAAGAAGAAGGGACUUCUUCGCAAGUUCGUCAGCGCGUUGACUGGUGGUACGCUUUAG